ACGCCCAAUUCCAUCUGUCGGGGCUGCGCUGCUGCCAGGCCGCUUUCGCCGCCGGUGCACGCGAGCUUUGGAAUCAAGAAUUCAUCACUAUGCCAUAGCAACUAAAGGUCUCAUCGCCGGGGAAAAAGAAACUAUUGUUCCGUGGACCAAAGCUGUACCAAUGUAGCUGUGUCUUCUAGUGAAUGUAAUCUCUACCGACUCAGACGAGAUGGUUGCCACAACCACGCCCACCACAACGGCCCUCGCGGCGCCGCAGGACGAGGACGCGCAGGCGCGGAUGCUGUGGGAGAGCCAACUGGCGUGCCUCCUGCGCAUCGCCGAAAUGCAAACGAACGCCUCGGCCGAAGCACUGGGAAAAUUCUGCCCGCCGGUGUGGGACGGCAUCCUGUGCUGGGGCAGGGCGUCGCCAGGGCAGCUGCUCACCCAGCGCUGCCCCGCCUACAUCAUCGGCUUUCAUUCGCAGACGUGGACGAACUUCACGCAGUGCGCGCCCAGCCCCGAAGCCACCGUCCUCGUCAGCCUCGAGGACCAGAAGCUGCGCUGCCCUCGGAAUGUGCUGCACAUGCACCUGUUCGCGUCGUUCAUCAUGCGCGCCUUCAUGUCGCUGCUCAAGGACUCGCUGUUCGUGCAGGGCCUCGGCAUGACCACCAACUUGCUCAUGAAGGAGGAAGGUGACUACUUCCACAGUGAACACCAGACGAACUGGCCAUGCAGAAUGUUCACUAGCCUUUGGCAGUAUUGUAUCAUGGCAAACUACUCGUGGAUUUUAAUGGAGGGGUUGUACCUUCACAACCUUAUAUUUAUGGCACUCUUCACUGAUUCAAGUUCCAUAACACUGUAUAUUGCUCUUGGCUGGGGUUUACCAGCCAUAUUCGUGUUGCCGUGGACGCUGUGCAGAACAAUUUUAGAAAACACUUGGUGCUGGACAACGAACGACAACACCGUUGUGUUCCUUCUCAUUCGAGUUCCGAUCAUCGCUUCCGUUGUGGUGAAUUUUGUGCUAUUUAUUAACAUAGUACGAGUUUUAUUGCUCAAAAUUAAGUCCUCUGUCUGUGAAGAAAAUAAAACGUACAGAAAGUGGGCGAAAUCUACGUUGGUUUUAGUUCCUCUCUUUGGAGUGCACUAUAUGAUAUUUCUUGGUCUUCAUUUAAGUACAGAUACUACAGUUGAAAUUGUUUGGCUGUUCUGUGAUCAACUUUUUGCAUCGUUCAACGGCUUCUUCCUGGCGCUGCUGUACUGUUUCCUGAACGGGGAGGUUCGCGCGGAGGCGGCGCGCGCGUGGGGCCGCUGGGCGUGCGCGCACGCGCUGGACAAGUGGCACGCGCCCGGAGCGCGCGGCCUCUUCACGCGGCGCGGGCGGCCCCCGCGGCUGGCGCGCAGGGCGUCGGGCUACUCGGGCACCUGCACCACCGACGGCUCCGCGCCCGCCUCCUCCUGCAAGAAGCGGCUGGCCACGGCCACCGGCGCCGACGUAAGCACGCGCGCUUUACCCCUACGCUCAAAAGUGGAACGCGACUAGUCGCCUGGAGGGCAAUUGUAAUAUAUCCAUUGAAAAUUGUGGUUAAUAAGAGGCCAACACAAAGGGUUGGAGGUAAUUAUAGACGU